AUGUCUAGUUCAUUUGCACAAGGCCGUCAGGGCUUCACAAGUAGGGGCAAUAACCAACAGAGGUCAAGCACGAGCAUACCGCGAAAUACAGAAGACGACGUUGGUACUGCACAUACAAUCUUUGGUCCCGAAAACCCUGCUUCUACAGAAGAGGAAGCACUAGCUGAAAUCAUUGUUGAUGCAUUAGGCGAGGGCAAUGGGCCUGACUUAAAUGAGCCUCCAGCAAACUUAACCUCUGAUGAUGUUUUCUGGAGUGCAGAGAUAGGCGAUCGGGGCAAAGACGAGACAGAAAGAGACAUUUUACGCGAAUUCGAACUUGAUGAGCAGGAGGUAAAGAGUGAAAUAGACUAUACUGAGCUGACCGAUUUUUCAUUCUGGUCUCGAUUUGUGGGAAUUGUUAAAAAGAGUGCAAUUAAUUUGAUUCUACCAUUUAUUAACGGUAUGAUGUUGGGAUUUGGUGAAAUCUUAGCUCAUGAGAUCGGAUUCCAUUAUCAUUGGCAUGGAGCUAAAGUUGAGCCUCCCAGACGCCUAGCUCAACGCAGGUUGCAGGACGCGGGGUCAAACAUGCCAGGUAAAAGAAUUGAAACUGAUGCUUUUGGAGAGAUUGAGGUACCAGCAGACAAGUAUUGGGGUGCUCAAACCCAACGAUCAUUAACCAAUUUUGAAAUUGGGGACAUCAAAAUGCCAUUUCCCAUAAUCAAAGCAUUUGGCAUCCAGAAAAAAGCUGCGGCAAUCGUCAAUGAACAGUUGGGCUUACUAGACCCAAAGAAGUCGAAAGCCAUUCAACAAGCUGCCGAUGAAGUUAUUGUUGGUAAAUUGAAUGAUAAUUUUCCCUUGGUGAUUUUCCAAACUGGGUCAGGUACUCAAUCUAACAUGAAUGCCAACGAGGUGAUUUCUAAUAGGGCCAAUGAGAUUUUGGGUGGUGAAAAGGGGACAAAGAAGCCUGUGCAUCCUAAUGAUGAUUGCAAUAUGUCGCAAUCAUCAAACGAUACUUUCCCGACAGUUGCUUACAUUGCUGCUGUGAUUCACAUUGAAGAACACUUGACUCCAAAUUUGGUGGAUUUGAAAGAGGCAUUUCAGAAGAAGGUUGACGAGUUCAAGGAUAUCAUCAAGAUCGGAAGGACUCAUUUGCAAGAUGCUGUGCCCUUGACGUUGGGUCAGGAGUUUUCUGGGUAUGUACAACAAUUGGAAUUUGGUUUGGAAAGGGUGAAACAAACUGUGCCAAGGUUAUCCUACUUGGCACAAGGGGGCACUGCUGUUGGUACUGGAUUGAACACGGUUCGUGGGUUUGACGUCAAGAUUGCUGAGGAAAUCUCCAAGCUCACUGGGUUCCAAUUCAAAACCGCACCCAACAAGUUUGAGGCGUUGGCUGCACACGACACUUGCGUAGAAGCAUCUGGAGCUUUAAAUACCUUGGCUACAUCGUUGUUCAAGAUUGCCAACGAUAUUAGGUACUUGGGUUCGGGACCUAGAUGUGGAUACGGAGAGUUGGCACUACCUGAAAAUGAACCUGGAUCGUCAAUUAUGCCGGGCAAAGUCAACCCCACCCAAUGUGAAGCAAUGACCAUGGUUUGUGCCCAAGUUAUGGGAAACAACACCACAAUUACAUUUGCCGGUGCAUCAGGUCAAUUUGAAUUGAAUGUAUUCAAACCUGUGAUUGCAUACAAUUUGUUAAACUCCAUUAGGAUUUUGGGAGAUGCUUCCAGAUCUUUCAGGAUCCAUUGUGUUGAAGGAAUUGUUGCAAUCAAAGAGAAAAUUGACAAGUUUUUACACGAGUCUUUGAUGUUGGUGACUGCUUUGAACCCCAAAAUCGGGUACGACAAUGCUUCUAAGGUGGCCAAAAAUGCGCACAAGAAGGGAAUCACCUUGAAAGAGUCAUGUUUGGAGUUGAAGAUGUUGACUUCCGAGGAAUUUGAUCAAUGGGUCAGACCGGAGAAGAUGAUUGGGCCAAAAGAAGUUUAG